GGAAGGGGCGCGCGGCAGGCCCACGGGGAGCCGCCCGGGGCGCACGGAGCCCGCCUGGCCUCCCGGACCGUCCCCGCCCCGGGGCCGUACCUGGGAGCGCCGGGAGCCCGGGCAGCGGCGCGCCGGGCCGGAGUGGCGGGUGGCCCCGGGACCCGGGAAGCGGGGCAAGAAGAGGGAGCCCGACCGGGAUGAGAAGGUGACGCCGCUGGAGGGCGCCACUCGCUUUGUGGGGGGGAAGAUGCUGGCCUACUGCGUGCAAGAUGCCACGGUGGUGGACGUGGAGAAGCGGAGGAACCCCUCCAAGCACUACGUGUACAUCAUCAAUGUGACCUGGUCCGACUCCACAUCCCAGACCAUCUACCGGAGGUACAGCAAGUUCUUUGACCUGCAGAUGCAGCUUUUGGAUAAGUUUCCCAUUGAAGGUGGCCAGAAGGACCCCAAGCAGAGAAUCAUCCCCUUCCUUCCAGGCAAAAUCCUCUUCCGGAGAAGCCACAUCCGGGAUGUAGCUGUGAAGAGGCUGAAGCCCAUCGACGAGUACUGCCGGGCACUUGUCCGGCUGCCCCCCCACAUUUCACAGUGUGAUGAAGUCUUUCGGUUCUUUGAGGCCCGACCGGAGGAUGUCAACCCCCCGAAAGAGGACUAUGGCAGUUCCAAGAGGAAAUCAGUGUGGCUCUCCAGCUGGGCUGAGUCUCCCAAGAAGGACGUGACAGGUGCCGACACCAACGCCGAGCCCAUGAUCCUGGAACAGUACGUGGUGGUGUCCAACUAUAAGAAGCAGGAGAACUCGGAGCUGAGCCUCCAGGCCGGGGAGGUGGUGGAUGUCAUCGAGAAGAACGAGAGCGGCUGGUGGUUUGUGAGCACCUCUGAGGAGCAGGGCUGGGUCCCUGCCACCUACCUGGAGGCCCAGAAUGGUACUCGGGAUGACUCAGACAUCAACACCUCCAAGACUGGGGAAGUAUCCAAGAGACGCAAGGCCCAUCUGCGGCGUCUGGAUCGCCGGUGGACCCUGGGCGGGAUGGUCAACAGGCAGCACAGCCGAGAGGAGAAGUACGUCACUGUGCAGCCUUACACCAGCCAAAGCAAGGACGAGAUUGGCUUUGAGAAGGGCGUCACUGUGGAAGUGAUCCGGAAGAAUUUGGAGGGCUGGUGGUACAUCAGGUACCUGGGCAAAGAGGGCUGGGCGCCAGCCUCUUACCUGAAGAAAGCCAAGGAUGACCUGCCAGCCCGCAAGAAGAAUCUGGCAGGCCCAGUGGAGAUCAUCGGGAACAUCAUGGAGAUCAGCAACCUGCUGAACAAGAAGGCAUCAGGGGAUAAGGAGACUCUACCGGCCGAAGGCGAGGGCCCUGAGGCCCCCGUCACCAAGAAGGAGAUCAGCCUGCCCAUCCUCUGCAACGCCACCGGCAGUAGUGGCCUGGGCGUCCCUGAGCGGAGCGUCUCCAAGCUGGCCCAGGGCUCGCCAGCCGUGGCCAGGAUUGCCCCGCAGAGGGCCCAGAUCAGCUCCCCGAACCUAAGGACAAGGCCUCCACCUCGCAGAGAAUCGAGCCUGGGGUUCCAGCUGCCCAAGCCGCCAGAGCCCCCUUCUGUUGAGGUGGAGUAUUACACCAUUGCCGAAUUCCAGUCGUGCAUCUCUGAUGGCAUCAGCUUUCGGGGUGGACAGAAGGCGGAGGUCAUCGAUAAGAACUCGGGUGGUUGGUGGUACGUGCAGAUCGGUGAGAAGGAGGGCUGGGCCCCUGCGUCAUACAUCGAUAAGCGCAAGAAGCCCAACCUGAGCCGCCGGACGAGCACGCUGACCCGGCCCAAGGUACCCCCACCGGCGCCCCCCAGCAAGCCCAAGGAGGCUGAGGAGGGCCCGGUGGGCUCUGCCGAAAGCCAGGACUCCCCGCUGAAGCUCAAGUACGAGGAGCCGGAGUAUGACAUCCCUGCCUUUGGCUUCGACUCAGAGCCGGAGCUGAGCGAGGAGCCCACGGAGGACAGCGGCUUGGGAGACAGGCGGCCCACCCAGGCCCACAGGCCCUCCCCCGCCUCCUCGCUGCGGCGGGCCCGCUUUCGGGUGGGCGGCUCUUCAGAGGAUGUGGCCGUGGAGGAGGAGACCAUCUAUGAGAACGAGGGCUUCCGGCCAUGUGCGGAGGACGCCCUGUCAGCCAGACGCUCCUCCCGGGACAGCGACUCCCCCGGGGGCUCCCCUCUAUCCCUGGCCAGGAAAAACUCCCCCAAGUCAGGCUCCCCCAAAUCGUCAUCCCUCCUGAAGCUCAAGGUGGAGAAGAACGCCCAGGCGGAACUGGGGAAGAACCACUCCUCAGCCUCCUUUUCCUCGUCCAUCACCAUCAAUACCACCUGCUCCUCCUCCUCCUCUUCCUCCUCCUUGUCCAAGAACAGCGGUGACCUGAAGCCCCGCUCUGCCUCGGACGCAGGCAUCCGUGGCCCCCCUACAGUCGGGCCAAAGAGGGAUGCCGACCUGAAGGCGGGGCUGACCUCGUGUGCCCGGGCCAAGCCGUUGGUCCGGCCCAAGCCGUUCCUGAACCGGGCAGAGUCCCAGAGUCAAGAGAAGAUGGACAUCAGCACUUUACGGCGCCAGCUGAGACCCACGGGCCAGCUCCGGGGCGGUCUCAGGGGCUCAAAGAGUGAGGAUUCGGAGCUGCCCCCCCACACGGCCUUCGAAGGUCCCAGUGAGGGGUCCAGAAGAGGCUCUGCUGACCUCAUUACCCCCCCAGCCGCCACACCCCCGUGUCCCGCCAAGAAGGGACGUGAAGGGCAGGCCACCUCCUACACGACAUGUAGCGCCUACCAGAAGGUCCAGGACUCGGAGAUCAGCUUCCCCGCAGGCGUGGAGGUCCAGGUGCUCGAGAAGCUAGAAAGCGGCUGGUGGUACGUGAGGUUUGGGGAGCUAGAGGGCUGGGCCCCUUCCCACUAUCUGGUGCUCGGCGAGAAUGAGCAACCCGAUGCCUCUGGCAAAGAGCCAGACACAAUAAGCCCCAAAAGCAAGCAGAACGAGGGCAAGUCCGACAGCCUGGAAAAGAUCGAGAAGCGGGUCCAAGCAUUGAACACCGUCAACCAGAGUAAGCGGGCCACACCGCCCAUCCCCUCCAAGCCCCCCGGGGGCUUCGGCAAGACCGCGGCUACCGGCGCUGUGAAGAUGAGGAACGGCGUGCGGCAGGUGGCGGUGAGGCCUCAGUCGGUAUUCGUGUCCCCGCCACCCAAGGACAACAACCUGUCCUGUGCCCUGCGGAGGAACGAGUCACUCACGGCCACCGACGGGCUCCGAGGCGUCCGCCGGAACUCCUCCUUCAGCAGUGCGCGCUCAGCUGCCGCCGAGGCCAAGGGCCGCCUGGCCGAACGGGCUGCCAGCCAGGGCUCGGACGCGCCUCUGCUGCCCGCCCAGCGCAACGGCAUCCCCGUGUCCCCCGUGCACCCCAAGCCCAUCGAGAAGUCCCAGUUCAUCCACAACAACCUCAAAGAUGUGUAUGUCUCCAUCGCGGACUAUGAGGGGGACGAGGAGACAGCAGGCUUCCAGGAGGGCGUGUCCAUGGAGGUCCUGGAGAGGAACCCCAACGGCUGGUGGUACUGCCAGAUCCUGGACGGGGCGAAGCCCUUCAAAGGCUGGGUGCCCUCCAACUACCUGGAGAAAAAGAACUAAUGGGAGGCCGUGGGUCCUUCCAGCCUGGGUGUGGAUGAGUGGUGAGAUGAAGACAAAGGGGAAAGGGAAAGUGGGAGGGGGUGGGGGGGAACGUUAAACCCUGCAGAAUGCAUGAGCUCAGCCAUGCUCCCCUCCGGGCUGUCCCCCGGCCGGCAGGUAAGGUCUGGCGGGGGCCCACACUGGGGGGGCGGGGAGCACCAGGCCUGGGACCAGAGGCGAGAAAGCUGAGCCCCGUGUGGGCACCUCGGUGACUUGGCUGAUGCAUCUGGCACCAUUUGGGGCAGGCCAGGUGGGAAACUCUUGAUUGUGCCUUGGCUGCAGAUCUGGAAAAGAUGUGAUGGCAGGGGCCUCCCGUGCCCUGCCCCUGCUCAGCCUGGUUUCUGUGGCUAGCACCUCGCCACCGGAGGUGGUCCUUGGAUCAUCCUAAACCUGUAUUCGUGAAUUGUGCUGGUUUCCCCGGGACUGCGGCCGCCCACCGCGGGUGGCGCUGGGGCUUGGAGGCAUCUCCUGGGAGCUCAGCCCGUCCCUGGGCUGAGCUGUCACUGUCGGUUGAAGAGAAAGCAGUUCCGCAGGUGCCAGCAAGGACCACCUUGCUUACCCGUCACUGUCCCUGGCCUUGAGAAGGGAGUCCCCUGUCUGGGGCACCCCAUCUGCAUUGGACCCACAGCCCCAGAGUUUACAGAGCGGGUGGGCGAAGCCAUCGGUCUCUUCACCGUCUGCACAGACUUUAUUUUGGGUGUUUCUGGGUGGGCAGUUCUUUUGCAUGUUUUGGGAGAGGUUUAUUGAUUUGGGGCUUCUAUGUCAGCCCUUGGGUUUUGGUCUUAUUUUAGGGGUUGUUUGGGGGCCCAAGGGCGGUCAGCCUCAUGGGGGAUGGGACGAGGAGCAGAUGGGGCUUUUCUGUCAUGCUCUUGCUGGGAGGUUGUUGGUUGUGUUUGUGUUUCACUUUCUUUCCCUCCACAAGCCAAAGUCCCUUCAUUUGGUUCCCACUGUUGCCGACAGGACCCUAGCAUGGCGCUUGCUGGGGGGCCUGGGGGCGGAAGGCCCAGGUCCCAGACGUGGCAGAGCAGAGACGCCCCAGUGGGGGCAGAACCCUCCCCAGGAGGGAGGAGGGGCUUGUCCAGGAGAGAAGGCAGCUCUCAAGCUGCUGGGUGAGCACCGUUCUGCAUCCGUUCUCCCGCCUGGGCAGGACCAAAAACCCUUACCUGUGAACUGUGGAGAAGCACCCAGCGCCCCCACCAAGGGCUGAGGAGACCCCAGCUGGGCGGCCACCAGCCACCCCCUACCUACACAUGAUGCCACAGGUACCUGAAAAGAUGGAGGACCCCCAGGCCGGGAGCCAACCCGGUCUGCCCAAGGGGCAGUGCCCCCGUGAAGAGAGGAGAGAAUAAAGUCCCUGUCAACUUUGGGUUGUCUUUCGAUCGUUGAUGUUUCAGAGGGGACCCUCUGGAAGCCUCGGCUUCCCCAAGGACUCCCCCUUUGCUGGGAGUGGAAUUCCACACGUGCCUUUGAUUGUGGACCGAUGGGGCUUCACGGCCACCAGCUCAGCUGCCAGCGGCCCGGACUAAGAGUCGGUGUUUUCUACAAAGGAGGAAAGGCCCUCCCUCUCCCCCUGCUCCCCCGCCCCCCAAGGCAGUGUAUGUUGCCUGAAGAUCAGCACGGGAGCCUGGCCUGUGUUCCGUGCCUUCAGUACCCCACCCACCCACCCCCCAGACCCGGGGCCUCGAGUGGGGACCUCCCCAGCCCUCCUCCCUCGCCGCACACUGAUGCCUGGCAGCUCCAGCAAACCGCUCCUGUUCUUUGUCGAAGGGCCGUGGUGAGAUUUUGUUUCCUUUUGUUUUGUUUGUGAGUUUGUUUAAAAUUGAAAUCAGUUAUUUUCUUCUGCUGGACAGUAUUAAAUAGAGCAGGAUAUUGAGUUAAUCUGCUAGGUUGCAGUACUAAUGGUAGUGGUUUAGUGUCUUCAUAUUAAUAUUAUUUGGACUUAUUGGAACAAUAAUGAUAAAGAAGUGGUUCAUUAUUUUUUAAUUAAUGCACUUUAAUAAGGUGGACUGGGAAGAAACCCAGAGAGCAAAGUGCAUUACUUAAAGAUGCAGUAUAUACUUUUCUCAUUUUUAAGCAGCACGUAUUUAUUAAAAGAAAAAGAAGUAAUUUAUGAUUAUUUAAAAUAAAAUUUAAAAGUAGAGUGACUAUUGGGUGAAAGGACCUUCCGCGUAGCGGUCUUCCAGGGGGAGGCCCAGCGGCCUCGCUCCUCCACUGUCUGCACUGAGCCAGUUCGGUCAGUAACGUGCCAGCCAGGCCAGCGGGGAGCGCAGGGCGCAUCGGCCAAGCACAGAGCAGCAUCUCAGUUGGGACUGGACCGCAGUGUUCCCCAGAGCCUGCCUUUCCCUGCCCUUCCUCCCUGUCUGCGCUGCCCCGUGGGGCUCUCCAGCACCCACGAGGCCCGCCUUCUCUGCACUCCCCAAGGACCCUCUCUCCUUGAUCCCCAGUGCUCUAAGUGAUGGUCAUUAAAAGUGACCUUCAAGGUCAUUCCAUCCUAUCCCCUCCUGUUACUGCAGCCGAAGGACAAGAAAUUACUUUCCCGAAAUCAUGGAGCUAGUUAAUGGCAGAGCACCCCACUGUACCAAUCCUUGCACUCCUUCCCAACCCCAUUGUAGUUUAUCGCGUGGUCAUUUAUCGCGUGGUCAUCAUGUUUACAUUGUGACAUCCAGCCCUCUCAGGAUGGCUGGGAGUUGCUCAGGCAUCUAGGAAAAGUGGGGAAUGCUGCCACCUGGUGACAGCAUGUAGAUUUAGGCAGUGAACAGGGAUUGCCAUGCCCCGUCUUCGCACCUCACCCCCUCACCAUCACCCCCUGACUCACAACACAGCACAAACCCUGCAAACCCAAAGAGAAUAUGAAUACUUGAAGCAAGAAGGGUGCAUGCCAGUCCCUCUCAGACACGGCCAGGGGGUGCCAGGCCUUGUGCCCCUGGACUCCCAGCCCCACCCAGGGCAAGAGGGCCUUUCCCUAGAGCUACUGAGCUGCUUUGUGUUGUUGGAGGGUACCGCCGGCAGCAGGUGGAGGAGGGAGGGGCCUGCGGCUCUGACCCAUCUGGAGGAAAACCAGAUCGGACUAAAAAAGGAAAAAGAAAAAUGAAAUCUCAGCAGUGUCCAAACCCAGUUUCCCAUUAGUUGCGAUUGAAAAUGUGAAAUGGCAUUGUAUUGCUGUAUACUGCAACUUUAAUCAUAAUGAGCCCUUCUGAGGUCAUUAUUGAGCUUUAUAUAAUGCCUGAAGAUGCAUCAUUUGGUGCUUUUUCUUUUAGUUUAAAGACCUUUUUCUUUCAUUACAAGGGGGAAAAAAUGUCUUCAUCUCUCUCCCACUUUGAAACAGCGGGCCUGGCUGGGGUCCCUGGCCCUGCCACGCUGUUCCCACAAGGCCAGGGGAUGCCAGGGGCAGCAGGAGGGAGCUGGAAGGGGCAACUCUGGACGGCAAGCGUGCCAUCUGCCCCUGGCUGUGGCCGGGCCCUGCCUUGCCAGCCUCAGCACUCCACCCCUAGCCUGGCCCCAGAGGCUUCUCUUUCUUACUCUCGAUUCUCCAUCUUGACGAAGGCAUUAUAUAGAAUUGUUUUAAUCACUUUCAGAUGUUAGAGCAGCAUAUUUUACUGGUAUUUAUAUCCAUCGCUUUCCUCAGCAAGGCAUGUUACAACUUUUAUCAUCUAAGGAAGAAAGACAAGGGAAUUUCGGUUGAGCAUUAUUUUCAUAUUACUAGUAUUUGCAGAGUAGGCGUAGAACUAUUUAAGUUUAGACCUUGGUUUGGUAGUUUGUUUUGUUUUAAGGAAAAAAGAAAAAGAUAAAGUAGCCCCUACUUUCCCUGUUUUGGUUUUUUUUUUUUGUAUUUAACUAAUAUAUUAUUUCUUUAAGGUUACUCACUUCCCUUACCCCUCCAAAUACUUUGCAUUCUCAAUCAAAAAUGAAAACAAUCUGAGAGACAGGAAAAGUGCAAUAUUACCGAGGGCUGCCAGGGCUCGUUGGGACAGCUGUGGGAGACCCAGUGGCCCGGUGUGUCCGUAGGAGGAGGAGGGGCUGUGGAGCAGACAGGUGACCUUCUGGGUGUUGAUCUUUGACCCCUCCUCCCCCGGCAAGGUGGCAGAACGCAGCCCCUUUUUCUGUUGGGUGUUCUCCACCCAGGAGGAAUUCAGGGACGCGGGCACAGGGCUCUUGACCUCCUGGGGCCCCAGCCCUCGGAGCAGAGCAAGGGCAUCCAGGAACAGUUCCUUGUUUUCAUUUCCAUUGCUUUUCAGCUAGCUGCCCAGAAAGACCGGUCUUAAAAAAUCAGCCCCAGCAGCCCUGUCUCACCCCAGUCUCCUGAUGUGUGGGCCAUGAUCUUUUGAUGUAUGUUUGAGUCUUUUUAAAACUAUGUAACCUCAGUUCGGUUUAUGGGCAGGAACCCUAGAUGUAACCAAAUCUUUUUCGGGGAUGUGGGUGCCUUGAGCCCUACAUACCCCAGUGAGACACCAAUUCCCACAAGCCUGCAGCUAGGCCUGGUGCUAAGCUUGGGCCACCCAUUCAUCUCAAUGACUUCAGCCUGAGGAGGGAGCCCUGCCUCUUGCUUAACACCCCAACAGUUCCCAGAGGGCCUUAGAGAAGCAUCUGAGGGGCCUACUCAGGUCUUUGUAGACAGCUUCCCACACCAGGUACCAAGCCGGCCUCCUCCUUACUUGGCGCAGGUGGAGAAAGCAGCAGGAUGGGAAGUCUCUGGGUCCAAGCCCUUGGAGCUCUGCCCUUCAGGGCUCCAGGGAUGUCCUCGCUGGCUUGUCCCCUCCAUCUCCAGUACUGUAUGCUUGCUGCUUCAACCCCUCCAUUUGGUGAAUUUCUGUACAAACGUGGAUCUACGUGCCCAGAGUGGGACCGUGCCCCCGUGUGUGGGUGUCUCUCCUUGGAGUAUAUACGUCUAUAUGUUCAAUCUUUGAGAAUCUUGAUGCAGAGCUCUCUGGAAAGAGAAUCAUCCACAUUGCUAAAUAAUUAAGAUUCCCUCAUUUUUUUGAGGGCUGUGUGUUGAGAGAGAGUGAGUUAGUAUGUGUGUGUGUUGGUAAUUUCCCACUUGAACUAAAUAACACGGGGUUAGAGAACAAAUACCGGGCAAGCUGUCUCCAUUUUACAAGUCCUUGGCAUUGGGCAGGCCCCAUGGGACUCGCAGUUUCUGGCAGCAAGUGUGUUAUUAUUCACACAUACUUCUGGCUGGAGAGUGCAAUGUGUCUUUUUUUUUUUUUUUUUUGUAAUUAUUUUAUUAUUUCGUUGGAAACUUCACACUGGCAUUAACAGAUCUAGCAGAAGCAGCCUAGGCCAUCAUCCCGGGCUCCAAAAUGAAGCUGUGGAAGAGAAGUCACUGGGUGUGGAAGCGCUGGGAUGGGUGAACCAGGUCACCACCUGCAGACGUGCUGUCCAGCAGGCUGAGCCCGCCCCUUGCCACGCGUGCCAUUGCUGCGGGAGGCCCCAGAGCGUGAGAGCCGCUGGUCCCCGGUUCCUGUUUCCGAGGGUGGCCAGGCUGCUGGGGGCGAGAACGUGCUCACGGUGAGGUCAGUACACCAGACUGCACGCCCCAGCUGAGCAUGUCACGGGAGCGGUGUGGGGCGCUUUCCCUUGACCUCACUGAGCUUUUUGCCUGAGUUGUGAUCCCUAUUGGAGGCAGCCUCAGUGGUUCUCAAGUUCUGUGACCAGAGACAGUGACAGGAUGGGGUUACUGCCCUACAGCCUUGUUUCAGAAGCAGCAGCCUCAUUGAUUUUCGCUUCCCUCUGUUUUGUUCUGUGCACCUAGAUCCACAGCCAGAAGUUGGCAUCACUGGUGCUUACAGACCGGGUAGAGGGCUCUGCCUUCUAAGGCCUUGAUCCCAACCUGCCCGUAAGGUUGGGGUUACCAUGCGAUCUCCUUUCCCCAAUCCUAUCUUUUUAAUCUUGGGUUUACACUUGACCUUGACAAUCAGCCCCCUCUCCCAUCCCAGUCCUGGAACUUAGUGGCCUUAGGGAAUGGAUUUCUGAGGUGAAGGUUCCCUCCUUUGUUUCCAGUUCCACCCUGGCUAAGGGUUGGACCUCAGGAGGCGAGAGGAGAGAGAGAGUGUGUGAGAGAGAAUUGUUUUAAGGCGGAAGGAUGGCUCGAGCACGUUGGAGGCAAGCAAGAGGCACGUUGGCGUGAGGAGUGUGUGCAUGUUUGGAGUGGCUGGGGCUUACCGUCCCCUCCCUGGGAAGGUGGCUUCCAGAAGAGGAUGUCUUCUAGGCAGAAAGGGAAAAGUGUGAGAAGGCGGAGAGAGGGUCUGGAGGCUGGAGUUUAGUCUUUAUUCAAAAGAAGGAAGAAGUCAAUUCUGAGUGUUUCAGGAGGAAGAGAACAGGUACAGAGGGAAUUUACUGAUGCAACACCCAAGGGUCCAGUCAGAGCAGGUUGGAAAAGCCCUAAGAUUUGGCCACAGAAGCAGCUGACCCGAGGAAACAGCUACUUGCUGGGCCACAACCUGAGUCCCCAGCAUGUUGUUAAUGAGUAGUCACGGAUUUACUUAGUGGGGAUGGGAAGUUGCUAGCAACAAACCCAUCUUUGAGUCUGGGGGCUCUGGCUCCAGAACAUUCCUCCAUCUCUCAGGUUCCCAGCAUGUUUUGCCCACAUCCCUUUGUCUAAUCCAGAGCUAGCCUCUCAAAUUGCUGGAAUUGGUUAGAGACCAGUGACCGUAAUGGGUUGUACAGUAAUGACCCACGACCCCCAAACUGGAACCUCAGGGUCCAGACACCACCAAGCAUGUCUGGGAGGGAAGCAGUCUCAUUUCUUCUUCUGUUGACACCAGUUGUUCUUGAGUAUCUCUACUGAGACCUGUGGCAACUCAGUCUGCUGAGCCAGCCGCGCAGGUGUGACUCAGAAGACGGGGCCACACACACUCAUCCACGGACAUGCCCUUUCAUUUUCGGUGGCCCGUCACCAGGGCACCUUUCCAUAAGCACCUACUUCGGAGAGAGAAGGGUAAACAGAGCCACCAUUCUUGGAUCUGCAACUUGUUCUCUGCAAUAGGUUUUCUUUAAAUCCAGGACAUAGGCUGGGGAAAGGGUUUCACUGACAGUUCCUGAGAGGUCUGCAGGAAGGUGACUUCUGAGUGAAGAUGUGAGUGGCAGGUCCCUCAAGUGUGGUUUGGGGAGCGCACGGUUGCCUGUGAACUGCUGGAUGUCUUUGGGGCUCCAGAGCUUUGGGGGAUUCCUCAUGGUGUCCACUUAACCCCUCCCAGCUCCUAGCAGGCUCUGUGGUGUCAGGAGGAGGUUGUGCCCUCUUCUGCCCUUAGCAGAGAAACUCAAGGACAGUGAAUUCAGCGCAGUUUGAGUGCUAAAAAAAUUUCCAGGAUCAAUGGUGGUGCUAAACUAUCUCCAUGUUUCUAAUAUUUUUAAUAGUGGGUUUUUUUUUUUUAAUUGUUCUCAUCACAAAAAUGCAGUGUCCUUGGGGAAGGGACCCAGCCCCUUGGCCUGCCACUUUCCAGGUGUCCUUUAUCAUGCUGACGGGACUCUUUGGUCUGCAGAAAAUACUCUGUCUUGGCAUGCUUCUAGACUGUAAGAUUUGGGUUGUUUUGUUUUAUAUUUUGUUUAUGUUUACAUCUUGUAUUUCCCUGAAAACUAAAUAAAGUUUUUGGCCUUUUUA